CGGGGCACCAAGUUGCAAGACCAAACUUGAGCCUGUCUACCGACAACAACUUCCGCAACACCGCCAAGUCGUCCACCAAGGCACUGCCGCUACCAUACCUACUCAAAUACAUCAGUCUGUCUGCAUCGCAAACACUCCGCGCCCAUCAUGUCCUGGCAAGCCUACGUUGACACGAGCCUGGUUGGCAGCGGCCAAGUCCACAAGGCCUGCAUUGCCAGCCUCGCCGGCGACAGCGUCUGGGCAACGUCGCCUGAGUUCGCGGUGACACCCGAUGAACUCAAGACGAUCGCGAAUAUCUUCAAAGAGGGGAAGGAGGGGGAGACCGCGAUGAAAGUUUAUGCUGGAGGCCUUAAUGUCGCCGGCGAGCGCUACGUGGUCCCGAGAAUCGAAGACGCGAGCGCGUACGCCCGCCAGGGCAGGACAGGCGUUUGCAUCUCGACGACGAAACAGGCCAUUAUCAUUACCUGGCACAAUGAUACCGGUGUUGCCGGCAACGCGACACAGACGACCCAGAAGCUCGCUGACUACCUGAUCGGCCAAGGUUACUAGGCUGUUGGUUCGUUGGCCUGGUCUUGAGGCGCGAGGGGCGGUCGAGCGGGAGUUUUCUAGGAUGGAUGAAUAUAUAAAGAAUUCCAUACAAGGCCAGCCUUUCUUCGGUCAUGACUCAGAGGAACAACUAUUGGGACAUACCAGGUUCGUCCAGCGGGGCAGAGGGACGCUGACGGUGUGCUACCAAGACCACGAGGGAGGCUAGGAGAGCCUGAUCUGAUGCUGCGGGAUGUUUCAUGGACCCAAGCUGGUUAACUGGGGUUCAGCGGCCCAGCUUCUUAUGACUUUCCAACGUUUCCUUGAGCCGAUCCUUAAAACAUGUUGCGGUCUUCAGCAUAUGACUUGCAUCG